GGUCAGGGACAAACACUCCCCUUUGGCUUUUUUUCAGAAAUCAAAACCAUCGCUCUCUUCAAGUUUGCCGGAGAUCGGGGAAAAUCCAAAAAUUCCGGAGAGAGCUAAAGCUCAAAGCUCAAAUAUGGUGAGAAUAAGCAGAGUGUUACUAAAAGACGCCGGAAUUGCAAUCGACAAGACUCUGUCCGAGAUUCUGGUGUGUCCUCUCUCCAAGCAACCCUUGAGGGUCUGCGAGAAGACGAAAUCAUUGGUCAGCGAUACAAUUGGUGUCUCUUUUCCUGUAAAAGAUGGGAUUCCAUGCUUGGUUCCAAAGGAUGGAAAAAUACUUGAGGAGGCAUCAAAAGCUUAAUGAUUUUUUGCUUUUGCACCCAAAAAAAUAAAAUAAAAAUAGAUCAGAGUGAAGGUAGCAACUUUGUUGCACCGUAUCUGCAGUGACUUAUCCUCAUCAAUGGUUCGUUCUGUCCUUAUGUAAUAGUUCUCUCUGAAUUAAGCUUAAUUUUUUUUAUGGGAAAUAUUGAUGUAAGCAAUUGAAAGAUACUCGAGGUGUGGUUUCAGGUGAAUGUACCGACGUAUUCUUCUUAAGUUUCUGGGUACUUAAUUUUCUCGAAGUCUAGGAGCCUCAUUGACUGGAAUGAUGCUAAAAGCAUGAUUUAAAGUAA